UCCUCGGGGAUGCCGGGAUGUUUACACUCUUGACAGCAGCGGCCGCUGGAGGAGGAGCGGGAGUCUUGGGAGGAUGGGCCACCGCUAAGCUCGCGCUCCGGACGCGCCUCGCCGUGCACAGGGUGGGUCUCCGUGCCUGCAGCGUCCGCGGGGGCGGCGCGGCGGGAGGUGGCCAGCGCUCCGGGCCUAGCAGCCACAGCCCCUGGCCCAGCGGGCCUGUGCGCGGCACCGCCUGGCCGAGCCGCCCGCCCGCCCCGGGUCCCUCGCCGGCCGGAGAACGGAGAGCUCCCCGUUUCUUGAAGGCCUUACGACCGGAUAUGGGCUAUAAUACAUUAGCCAACUUUCGAAUAGAAAAGAAAAUUGGUCGCGGGCAAUUUAGUGAAGUUUAUAGAGCAGCCUGUCUCUUGGAUGGAGUACCAGUAGCUUUAAAAAAAGUGCAGAUAUUUGAUUUAAUGGACGCCAAAGCACGUGCUGAUUGUAUCAAAGAAAUAGAUCUCCUUAAGCAACUCAACCAUCCUAAUGUAAUUAAAUAUUAUGCAUCAUUCAUUGAAGAUAAUGAACUAAACAUAGUUUUGGAAUUAGCAGAUGCUGGUGAUCUAUCCAGAAUGAUAAAGCAUUUUAAGAAACAAAAGAGGCUAAUUCCUGAAAGGACUGUUUGGAAGUACUUCGUGCAGCUGUGCAGUGCACUGGAGCACAUGCAUUCUCGACGAGUCAUGCACCGGGAUAUAAAACCAGCUAAUGUGUUCAUUACAGCCACUGGGGUCGUCAAACUUGGAGAUCUUGGGCUUGGUCGGUUUUUUAGCUCCAAAACCACAGCUGCACAUUCUUUAGGGAGAAAAUACCACACUUGCAUUCAUUGGGUACACCUUAUUACAUGUCUCCAGAGAGAAUACAUGAAAAUGGGUACAACUUCAAAUCUGACAUCUGGUCCCUUGGCUGUCUACUGUAUGAGUUUCAUUGGGAGCAUUUUACAGAUGGCUGCGUUACAGAGUCCUUUCUAUGGCGACAAAAUGAACUUGUACUCGCUGUGUAAGAAGAUAGAGCAGUGUGACUACCCACCUCUUCCUUCAGAUCACUAUUCAGAGGAGCUGCGGCAGUUGGUGAACAUGUGCAUCAACCCAGACCCAGAAAAGCGACCAGACAUCACGUAUGUGUACGACGUGGCCAAGAGGAUGCAUGCCUGCAUGGCCAGCAGCUGAGCGCAUGGACGGCGUGGAGGAUGUAAGCAACCCAAGUUCAAGUAUUUCUGUGCAAAUCAUACCUCCCUGUUCUUGGGUGUUAAGACUAAUAUUUCAGAGCUAGUGUGCUUUGAAUCCUUAACCAGUUUUCAUCUAAGCUUCAUUUUGUACCAAUUUAAGUCACCUUCUUGCAAACCCCAGUGACUUUGGAAUAAUCAGAUUGCGUGUUAGGAGAGCAAAUGGAACAUGAUGGUUUUUAAUGGCUAAAGAUUUUUAGAAUUAUUUUGAGUUUUGUGCUGAUAAGUCAUGUUCAGAUAGACUCUCAGUGCCAAAUGUUGGCGGCUCAGCUUGGCCCCAUUGGGACAGACGUGCAGCCUGAGGAAGGUAUCUGAACAUGUGCCUUGUGUGCUGCUCUCCAAUCAUUUAUGGACAUUUGAGAUGAACCCAAUUGUGAACUUUUGUGCUUAUUUUAUUUUUAAAAGUUUGAAGUAUGUGUUUUAGUUCUUAGCAUUGUAGCUUUCAAAUAGGAUUCUUAAAGAUAAAUGUAGACAUAUGAACUAUUUGAGAAGCCUUUAAAACUCUUAUAGAUUUAAAAUAGCUUAUACAUUCAAAAUGCAACUAUUAAAUGUGAAAAGAUUUGGGGAUAAAAUGUGAGUCAGACACUGAAGAGUUUUCUGCUUUAUUUUGUUUUAUUUUAAUAUCUUUGAAAUUCUCCUUGCAUUAAAAUGGUAUAAAUGAAUCCAUUUAAAAAGUGGUUAAGGAUUUGUUUGGCUGGCGUGGUAGUAAUUUUCCAAGUUGCACAUUGCCCAAGGCUUUUCUGUGUGUUUUUACUGUUCUUUGUACAUUUGAAAAAUAUUCUUCGAAUAAUCCUGCAGUACUAUUUUCAAUUUCUUUAUAAAUUUAAAUGCUCUACUCAUGAUUGUACACUAUAGUGUAAGCAUAUGUUUUUAUUCAUAGAUUUUAUUGAAGUUCUGAUUGAUCCCCUUCAGAAAUUUUUUUUAUUCAAGUUACUUUCCUAUUUAUAUUGUACAUGCAUUUUAUCCACUAAUGUUUCAGAUUUUCUGACAACAUAAUAACCUUAAAAUAAAUAUUUGAUAUACCAACACUUUUCCUGGAUUGAAAACAUUUUUUUUUUUCAAUUUUUAAAAUUUGGGCCACUGUGUAUGCACGGUGCCGUGUCUUGUUAGGAAGAGGGAUGUGCAUUGUACUGUAGCUGUGAAUGUUGAUACUGUUUCAAUUUAUCCGACAAGGUUGUAACUUUAGAAUAUGUUUAAAGAAAUGAAAACUGGCCACUACCACAAACAGAAUUUUUAUGAGCUAAACGUUUCUAUUGAGAAGCUUUUAGGCAAAGUACUGUAUUCAUGCAUAAAGAUAACAGAGGUGGUAACACUUUGUUUAGUUUAAGGAAAUGGGCAGAGUUUAGUAAAUGCUGUCAUGGAGAUGUUUUCCCUGAAUGCCUUCAUGUUAGUGGUGACCAGCUCCUCCCAGAGUUGUGAAGCCAAAAGCCUGCGUGGCAGUCACUGCCUAAGGACGCCCAUGCCACCAUGUAACCUUGGGACAAUAAUCCUGCCAACAGGAAACCCUCAUGCUCAGAGAACACCUACCUUUAGCCCAUAUGACUGCUAGUUUUAUUUUUUCCACAGAAGUAUUUUUUCUUAAAAUCAUUUGAAUACGUCCAAGUCAUUUGUAAACUUUAAAAAUGUACAAAGGACAAAAGUGUAAACUUUUUUUCUAAAUUUAGUCAGCUACAGUAUCUUAAUCAUUUCUGAAUGGAGGGUAAUUUUAUCCCGGGACAGACACAGGAGAGGUGGUCAUUCUGUAUGUGAGGGCCGGGCAUGCUGUUUCUCCCAGAUUCUGGUGACUUUGACCGCAUUGGACGCCCGCACCCUCCUCUCCAGAGUGACGAAGGGAAUUGUUUCUGUUGACCGUUAGUGUCAUGUUCAUUUUAAUGUAAUAUGAUUCAUGGAGGUGAAAUGUUCUCUAGUUGGAACAGAUACACUCCUUUUUCUUGUGAUCUUUAAAGAUACAUGGAUCUAAAAACCAUCAGCUUAACGCCUCACAGGACUUUUAAGCAGAGAUUUAAACUUUUAAGUGAAUCUAUCUGCUGGAAGGAGAUAGUUGGGAAGAACUUAUUGAUCAGGGAAGUCCAUUAUUGUUUUCUACAUAUGGAAACUUUUUGUUUUGGACAUUGUAUCCUUAUCUAAGUGUUCAUAUUUUUCUUGCAGAAACCACUGCACAUAACAAAUUUUAAUUUUGAACGGGAUCAUUUCAAAGAAUUAUGAAGAUGAUUAAUUUUUAUAAUCACCUAUAAAAUGUUCUCUUUGUAUUUCUGUUUAUAAGUAAAUUUUGUAUUGAUUAAGUAAAACAUUUGAGUUGAUGAGGAACAGUAAAAUGAAAGGUACAUCUGAUUCUAACCCUUAUUUUAGACUUUGGUACCAGUUCCCCAGGACACAACAUGGGGUGACUUUGUUUCAUGUGCUGAGGUUUAGGAAUGGUAGAUGAAGCGUAUCCCUGUAUAAAUAAAGCGUUCAGCAAUGUGCAAUGAUUGUGAAUUUAGUAAGACAGGACAGCCACUUCAUGACCGCUUACCAUUCUACAUAGUGUCUAUUACACAACACCAUUCUUGUAUCAAUAUACACUUCAGGUGUUACUGUUAACAUUUGCAUAUUUAUUUUAACCAAAAUGUUAUUCAUAUUAAAUGUUUUUUCUUUAAAAUGAAUGUAUUAUGUUUAUAACCCACGAAUGCAUAAUUAUCAUAUGCCUCCUAUUUCAAUAGUACUGUAAUAUGGACUUCUUUUGUGAAGUACUUUUAUUUUGUUAUGCUACCAAUACACAUACUAAAAAGACUCUGUUGUUAGCUUUGAAAAUUGUAUAAUAUCCUAAUAUAAAUUAAAAAUUAAGUACAGUAAAAA